CUCUCUGGAAAAGGACCCCUCUCUCUCCCCAUCCCAUCACAAUCUCCAUCUUCAUCUCCAUCCUUGUGUCUUCUUGUAUAAAGAUAAUCCCACAAGAGUGAAAACUAUUCCCUUCACUCUUUUUUUCUCUUCACCAUGACUGAUCCUUAUUCCAAUUUCUUCACGGGCUGGUUCAAGUCCAAUCCCUUUCACCACUACCCUAAUUCCUCAACUUACCCUUCUCCUCCUCCUCCCUCUUCUUUCUUCUUCCCUCACUCCGGCGACCUCCACCGUCCACCGCCAGCAUCAACUCCUCCUCCUUCCCCUCCUCUCCGUGAAGCCCUCCCUCUCCUCAGCCUCAGCCCCGCCAACAAACAACAACACCACCAUGACCAUCAAAUUCAAGAACCACCUUCAAUCUCCAUGGAUGUUGACUACGAUCAUCAUCACCAUCAAGAUGAUCAUAACCUCGAUGACCAUGACCCUGACGUCACCGUUGCUCUUCACAUAGGCCUUCCAAGCCCUAGUCCUCAAGAUAUGGCCUCUUUGCUCAUGAUGUCUUCUUCCUCCUCUUCCUCGAGGCCCACUACUCAUUAUCUUGAGGACAUGAACGGAAAGAAAGAUCUCGACAACGACUACCAUCAAGGCGGCGUCGGAGGAGGAGAAGAUGACGAUGAAGAUUCAGUCGGUGGAGACGGCGGAUGUAGAAUAAGCAGACUCAACAAGGGUCAAUAUUGGAUCCCUACACCUUCUCAGAUUCUCAUUGGCCCUACUCAGUUCUCUUGUCCUGUUUGCUUCAAAACCUUCAACAGAUACAACAACAUGCAGAUGCAUAUGUGGGGACAUGGAUCACAAUACAGAAAAGGACCCGAAUCUCUAAGGGGGACGCAGCCAACUGGAAUGCUGAGGCUUCCGUGCUACUGCUGCGCACCAGGCUGUCGCAACAACAUUGACCAUCCAAGGGCAAAGCCUCUGAAAGACUUCAGAACACUUCAAACACAUUACAAGAGGAAACAUGGAAUCAAGCCUUUCAUGUGUAGGAAAUGUGGAAAGGUUUUUGCGGUUCGAGGGGACUGGAGAACACAUGAGAAGAAUUGUGGUAAGCUUUGGUAUUGUAUUUGUGGAUCUGAUUUCAAGCACAAGCGCUCUCUGAAAGAUCACAUCAAGGCUUUUGGAAAUGGCCAUGGAGCUUAUGGCAUUGAUGGGUUUGAUGAAGAGGAUGAGCCUGCCUCUGAGGUAGAACAAUUAGACAAUGAUCAUGAGUCAAUAUCCAAAUAGUUAUAAAUUAGUAUAAGUACUUAGUUUUCAGUAUAUAUAUUAAUUCUAAGAAUGCCUAAAACUAUGGACCACGUUUUGAUGGAGGUAGGGCUUAUCUAGUAAGAGCUAUGUGAUCAUCUAAAUGGUCAUAUACAAAAAAACGAUCAGGAUCACUUGGAAAAUUUAAAAAAUGUAUCUCUAGCUUUCUACUUAAAUUUAUUACAAAGGAAUGUAUAACUCCAAAUAAUGGGGUUCUCCACGGUCUCUACCUUAUUUAUGUAUUAUAUUGGAAUUAAUUUACUUUUCGUUUC